AGAGAGAGGACAGCAUCUUGACUGACCCAGCUCUCUCUCUAGAUAACUGAAUCCAGCCAACCAAACAGGAUAGGCCUCGCUCUUUUUUCCUCUCAGCCCUGCAGCCACAUACACUACCAAAGGAGAGGGAUGUCAAAGCUGAAAGAGAGCCAGUCCUCUUCGGUCCGCAUGGAAAACAAGCAGUGCGUAAUCAUCCUUUACGCCUACGCGACGGGUGUUUUCUCCUUUUACGCGCCUUCCGGAUACACAUUUUGGGCUUGCUGACCAUUUUCUAUCUGUCAUUUGUUGGUUUGCUGAUCAUAAUGCUUCCCAGUCCACUGAUAACUUCUUCCAGCACUCCCUUUUCUGUGAAGGACAUUCUGAAAUUGGAGUUGCAGCAACAAUCUCAGCAGCAGCAGCUCCAGUUGAUCUCCUGCUUCGGACUCUCUGGCGCGCUGUCUCAGCCAGGAGCCUUCCCAAACAAACCGUUCCGCUCUCAUUCACCGCCCUCCUGCAUGCUGGCAGGCAGGGACAGUCCCAGUCCCAUCAGCUCUGGCAUGUCCGAGAGCGAGGAGAGGAUGUCCUACUUGAACACGCUGGCGGUGCAGGAGCGGCUGGUGGAGUCCGGGCUGACCGUGGAGAUGUUCGGAAACCCGGCGCAGAGCUCUGCAGAGCUCCGGCUGGAGACCGAGCACGAGGAGCAAGAGAGCAAGAGCUGCGGAGCACUGCGGGCUGACUGUGAGGAUCCAGACCCGGAGAAGCCCGUCACCAAGCAGCAGAGGACCCGGAGGAAACCCCGCGUGCUCUUCUCGCAGGCUCAGGUGUUCGAGCUGGAGAGGCGCUUCAAGCAGCAGCGUUACCUGUCCGCCCCGGAGAGAGAGCACCUGGCAAGCUCCCUCAAACUCACCUCUACCCAGGUCAAGAUCUGGUUCCAGAACAGGAGGUACAAAUGCAAGAGGCAGCGACAGGACAAGACUCUGGAGAUGGCAGGACACCACCAUCACCACCACCAUCACCCACCGCCGCCCAGGAGGGUGGCUGUACCAGUGCUGGUCCGGGACGGGAGGCCUUGUCUGGGCGGAUCCCAGAACUAUAACACGUCUUACACAGUGGGAGCUCCAAACCCAUACAGCUACAACAGCUACCCGGCCUACAGCUACAACAACACGGUGUACACUAACAGUUACUCCUGUACUUAUUCUAGUUUACCUGCUCUGCCGCCCAGCAACACCGCUGCUAACGCUUUUAUGAACAUGAAUCUGGGAAACCUUGGCGCGCAGACGCAAAGCCAGGGACCCCAAGGAGCAGUGGUCACACCCUGCCAAGGAACUCUGCAGGGCAUCCGGGCAUGGUAGCGAAAACUUUACACACUAUCAUAGCUGAGUGAGAUUUCUGUAAAUGGCCACAAGCAUGUGAACCUGAUCAACUUAUGUAAUGAAAGCACAAUUUCCUACUGUUACACAUUACAGAAAGCACAGGCCAGUGGACUGAAGCUGAAGACAGGCCUACGAGGAAACUCUAACCCGUAUUAUGAUGUAAAACUUUAAGUUUGUGCGUUUUUCUUCUGAGCCAGUGUUUAUAAAAAAAGUAUUAAACAUCGUGAUUGAUUUUCGAUGGUGCUGAUGAGCGAACAAUGUGCGUAAUGUGGUCCUUCAUGAUUCAAAAUGGAUGUGAUGUGCGGAUUAAAGUAAGGAAAACUCCACUGGCAUCUUUUUCUAAACUGAAGUUAUGCGUAAAAGUGAAGCCCGAAAUGAUUCGUAUUGGCUCUAAUGAAAAUGAAUUGGGAAAAAAAUACAAAUUUGUCACAAUUGCUGGAUAAAGCAAUCAAGCAUUUAAUUUUUUUUGUUAACAUGUGGCCAUUUUUGGGCCAGUUGCCCUUGUUUUACUCCAAAUGUUAGAUUGAGCAAAGGACGCUUCUACGUGUUUUACGCACGUUAUGGGAAGAUGCCAACGUAGUGUUUAUUAUCAGUGAUUAUUAAAUUAAAGGAGUCAUAAAACAUUAUGACACAAGUUA